CUCGGCCGCGGGUGGGGAGCGAGGCGGGGCGGGGCCCGCGGGGCUCCCGGGCGCCUGGGGCGCGCGGCAGCUACUGCACCCCGGGCAAGCCGAGCGCGGGGCCAAGGGGCGUGGGGGACCGGGCCGCCCGCAGGGGCCGGGUAGCCGGGAGAGGCUGGCGGACGCGACCCGCGAACCCGGCGUGGGUGGUGACUCGCGAAGCUCCUGGGAGCGCCAGGUUCCCCGGGCCGGACUCCGAGCUGGCAAGAACGCAAAGCCGGGCGGUGUGGAACGCCGUGGGUUGGCUGCUGAACUUGGUCUCGCUGGGAGCGUCGAUCUCGGAGCCCCCUGUGGCUGUGGCACCACCUGCCCUGGAAAAUGUCGGAGGCUGAACCUGGCAAGAGGCCGACGGACCUGUUUUUCCUGUUUUCUGCAGAGGUCCCUGCAGCGGGUCCAGGCAGGUGCAUUCAUGAGUGAGGAAUCCAAGCCAGCGCUGAGCAUCCUACCAGCCAGAGCGCACAGGGCCCGGUCAGGGUGAUGGCGUUGGCGAACCCGGGCCCCUGGAACAGCACCCUCAAUGACACCUGGGAAGGCAACGAGCUGGGCUACAAGUGCCGUUUUGACGAGGACUUCAAGUACGUGCUGCUGCCCGUGUCGUACGGUGUGGUGUGUGUGCUGGGAUUGUGUCUGAAUGUGGUGGCGCUCUACAUCUUCCUGUGCCGUCUCAAGACCUGGAACGCGUCCACCACCUACAUGUUCCACCUGGCCGUGUCUGACGCGCUCUACGCAGCCUCCCUGCCGCUGCUCGUCUACUACUACGCUCGCGGCGACCACUGGCCCUUCAGCACGGUGCUCUGCAAGCUGGUGCGCUUCCUCUUCUACACCAACCUGUACUGCAGCAUCCUCUUCCUCACCUGCAUCAGCCUGCACCGCUGCCUGGGCGUGCUGCGGCCCCUGCUCUCCCUGCGCUGGGGCCGGGCGCACUACGCCCGCCGGGUGGCCGCUGCUGUAUGGCUGCUGGUGCUUGCCUGCCAGGCCCCUGUGCUAUACUUCGUCACCACCAGCACCCGCGGGGACCGCAUCACCUGCCAUGACACCUCGGCACCUGAGUUGUUUGGCUACUUCAUGGCCUACAGCUCCGUCAUGCUGGGCCUGCUCUUUGCCGUGCCCUUCGCCGUCAUCCUGGUAUGUUACGCUCUCAUGGCCCGGCGGCUGCUGCAGCCUGCUCACGGCACCAGGGGAGGCCUGCCACGGGCCAAGCGCAAGUCUGUACGCACCAUCGCUGUGGUGCUGGUGGUCUUUGUCAUCUGCUUCCUGCCCUUCCAUGUCACCCGCACCCUCUACUACUCCUUCCGUACCCUGGACCUCAGCUGCCACACACUCAAUGCCAUCAACAUGGCCUACAAGGUCACUCGGCCUCUAGCCAGUGCCAACAGCUGCCUCGAUCCCGUGCUCUACUUCCUGGCUGGGCAAAGGCUCGUCCGCUUUGCCCGAGAUGCCAAGCCCCCCACAGACCAGAGCCCAGACCCCCGGGCUCACCGCAGGCUGGGCCUGCGCCGGUCCAACCGGACAGACACCAAGAGGACAGAAGAAGUGUCGGCCAGCAGUGAAGACUCCAGGCAGACGGCAUCCACGCCUGCUGGGAGCGAGAGCAGCAGGGACAUCCGGCUGUAGGCCCUGGGCCCCUUGCUGUGCACAUUUACACAGGGGACCUGUGGGGCACCGGGAGCUUGGGCAGCUGGGAGGAGGGCCACUGGGGACUCACCAUGGUAAUCAGACCCUGGGGCCUGUCCUUUGGCAGGGUCAGUGAGUCAGAGAGGC